AUGAAACUUUUAAUAUCCGUACUAUUGUUGGGCUGCUUUUACGCUAGCACCACAGCACAAGACAUUAAGAAGAUUGAGCAACUACUGCAGCAGCAGACGCAGGAUCUUAAUGAGACGAAUCGUUUAAUGGAGCAUAUUAAUUCCACCAAUAAACAGAUCGUGGUCGACUUAGCGCAACAGCGAGUCUGGUUAAGCUCCAUACAAAAUGUUGAGCAACUGAUGGCUAAGCAGAAUCUAUUUCUCGAUGCGCAAUCUGUGGUUAUUAAGGAAGCACUAAACAACAUUACUAAACGUGGUGGAGAAUAUACAGAGCGCUUGCUUAAAGAAUUGGCCAACUUGGCGCGUCUGCAGCUCUCAACAAAGCUACAGAUUAGUAACUUGGAGCAAAAGCUAGAUGCUUAUCAAAACAACAUGGUUAGAAAUGCACGUAACAUUGACAACAACAUACUCGAUCUGACCAAACUGAUCUCACGCGCUGUGCUGCCCCAACUUAAUGGUCUUCAAUGCUCCUUCGACAGCUUGGAAACAUCUCAUAUAAACAUUGAAGUGGAGCUUAAGAGUUUGGCUCGCAUUAAGGAACUAAGCGAGAACUCAAGCAGCAAACUAAACACUUUGGGCCAGCAGUUAUCCAGCUUAAAUCGCACUCAAGAGGCACGUCUAUCCGCUCUAACUGGCGCUGUUAACCAACUAAAGCCCAUUAAUACAUGGCAAAUGGAGAAUGCGCUGCGUGAGCUUAUUCUUUCCCAAAAACGUGUUGAGAUCGACUUGGAGUCAUGCGGCAAGCAUUCUACACCGUAUGUUGUUCAUCAAAGACCCACUGUUUAUUCACAGUCAUAUACUAUUGAGGAAGCCGCUCCAGCGCAUACACCACAACCAAGCAAGCCCGAUCUAGUGCAGGUUUGGACUGUCAAGGAGCCAAAUCGUCCAAGAGCACCUCAGCAAACUAGUGCCUAUGCAGAUUCUCCCAAGCCAAAGCCACAACCUGGCAGACCGAGCAAUCCCGGACACAAUCAUUAUCACAGUUUAAAGUCCGGCACCGCAGCUGCUCAUGCUGUCUCCUGGCAGGAACGUCUGCCCUGGGAAGCUGCUGCUCAGUACCAGUCUGUUCCGGCACCAACUUACAAGCCUUACAAAAGACCUUCGCCAACACAGAAACCUUGCACCAUAAAUUCAGCUUCUUCUUCAUAUGGACCACUUCUGUCGCCCCCACCUUCUUAUGCUCAAUCGAUUCCGAGCCAGGGACAACAGUCCUGGUAUGUCGCGUCGACUUACUAAUAAGUGGAAGAAAACAAUAACAAA